GGACGCGGCGUUUGACACUCGGUCUUUAAGCGUCGUUUAGUUUCAGUCAAAUUAACAAACACGCAAAAAAUGGAGUGGGCAAGUCAGUUAUGUGAAAACAGAGGCUUAGGAUCCAAGAUGACCGACUCCAAAUAUUUCACCACCACCAAGAAAGGGGAGAUCUUUGAGCUGAAGGCUGAGCUGAACAGUGAUAAGAAGGAGAAGAAGAAGGAGGCGGUGAAGAAGGUGAUCGCCUCCAUGACUGUGGGUAAAGAUGUCAGCGCUCUGUUUCCUGACGUGGUGAACUGCAUGCAGACGGAUAACCUGGAGCUGAAGAAGCUGGUCUACUUGUACCUGAUGAACUACGCCAAGAGUCAGCCCGACAUGGCCAUCAUGGCCGUCAACACCUUCGUCAAGGACUGCGAGGACCCGAACCCUCUGAUCCGAGCGCUGGCCGUGCGCACCAUGGGCUGCAUACGUGUAGAUAAGAUCACAGAGUAUCUGUGCGAACCCCUGCGCAAGUGUCUGAAGGACGAGGAUCCCUACGUGAGGAAGACCGCGGCCGUGUGCGUGGCUAAACUCCACGACAUCAACGCACAGCUGGUGGAGGAUCAGGGCUUCCUGGACACGCUGAAGGACCUGAUCUCUGACUCCAACCCCAUGGUGGUAGCGAAUGCUGUAGCCGCUCUGUCGGAGAUCGCCGAGUCGCACCCCAAUAGUAACCUGCUGGACCUGAACCCUCAGACCAUCAACAAGCUGCUGACGGCCCUGAACGAGUGCACCGAGUGGGGACAGAUCUUCAUCCUGGACUGUCUGGCCAACUACACUCCCCGUGAUGACCGCGAGUCCCAGAGUAUCUGUGAGAGAGUGACCCCCCGGCUGUCUCACGCUAACUCCGCCGUGGUCCUGUCUGCUGUCAAAGUGCUCAUGAAGUUUAUGGAGAUGCUUCCUAAAGACCUGGACUAUUACGGGACUCUGCUGAAGAAACUGGCUCCUCCUCUGGUCACUCUGCUCUCAGCAGAACCCGAGCUGCAGUAUGUGGCUCUGAGGAACAUCAACCUCAUUGUCCAGAAACGGCCUGAGGUCCUGAAGCACGAGAUGAAGGUGUUCUUUGUGAAAUAUAACGACCCGAUAUACGUCAAGCUGGAGAAGCUGGACAUCAUGAUCCGCCUGGCCUCUCAGGCCAACAUCGCACAGGUGCUGGCCGAGCUGAAGGAAUACGCCACAGAAGUGGACGUGGAUUUCGUGCGCAAAGCCGUCCGUGCCAUCGGUCGCUGUGCCAUCAAAGUAGAGCAAUCGGCCGAGCGCUGCGUCAGCACCCUGCUGGACCUCAUUCAGACCAAGGUCAACUACGUGGUGCAGGAGGCCAUCGUAGUCAUCAAGGAUAUUUUCCGCAAGUACCCUAACAAGUACGAAAGUGUGAUAGCCACCCUGUGUGAGAACCUGGACUCUCUGGAUGAACCUGAGGCGAGGGCAGCGAUGAUCUGGAUUGUUGGAGAAUACGCUGAGAGGAUUGACAACGCAGACGAGCUGCUGGAGAGCUUCCUGGAGGGGUUUCAUGAUGAGAGCACACAGGUGCAGCUGCAGCUCCUCACCGCCAUCGUCAAACUGUUCCUCAAGAAGCCCACUGAGACCCAAGAGCUCGUCCAGCAAGUGCUCAGCUUGGCCACACAGGACUCUGAUAACCCGGAUCUCCGUGACCGCGGCUACAUCUACUGGCGCCUGCUGUCCACCGACCCGGUGGCAGCGAAGGAGGUGGUGCUGGCUGAGAAACCUCUGAUCUCAGAAGAGACGGACCUGAUUGAACCCACGCUGCUGGACGAGCUCAUCUGCCACAUCGGCACGCUGGCCUCCGUCUAUCACAAACCACCCAGUGCCUUUGUCGAAGGCAGCCGAGGGGUGCAGCACAAACGCCUUCCUGCCCGCACCGGCUCGGGCGAGAGCACUGAAAGCCCAGAUGUCGGCCAGACAGUGGUGGGAGUCUCCGAUGCUCCACCUGCUGUCAUCCCCUCUCAGGGUGAUCUCCUGGGUGACCUGCUUAACUUGGACUUGGCUCCGCCCACCACUACCGUGCCCUCCGUACCUCCUGCCAUGCAGAUGGGGGCCGUGGACCUUCUGGGUGGAGGCCUGGACAGUCUGCUGAGCGGAGACAUCGGCGGCAGUCCUGCGAUGGGCAUGGGUCUCGGGGGAGCUCCUGUAGGAGCACCGGCAGGGCUUGGAGGUGCCCCGCCUGUCGGAGGCGGUCUUGGUGACCUGUUUGAUCUUGGUGGGAGUGUCGUCAUGACAACAGGAGCCUACGUGCCACCCAAAGCAGUGUGGCUGCCGGCGAUGAAGGCGAAAGGGCUGGAGAUCUCAGGAACGUUCGCUCGGCGCGGUGGCGUGAUCCACAUGGACCUGUCUCUCACCAACAAGGCCAUGAGCGUCAUGAGCGACUUCGCCAUCCAGUUCAACAAGAACAGUUUCGGGUUGGCUCCUGCUGGUCCUCUGCAGGUUCUGACUCCUCUCAGCCCCAAUCAGACAGUGGAGGUGAGCCUCCCACUCAGCACCAGUGGCCCAGUCAUGAAAAUGGAUCCUCUCAGCAACCUCCAGGUGGCCAUAAAGAAUAACAUCGACGUCUUCUACUUCAGCUGCCAGUACCCUAUCAGCCUGCUGUUUGUCGAGGAUGGGAAGAUGGAUCGUCAGGUGUUCCUGGCCACCUGGAAAGACAUUCCCACUGAUGGCGAGACACAGUAUCAGAUAAAAGACUGCCAUCUCAGUGCAGACGCGGUCAGUAACAAGCUGCAGGGCAGUAACGUGUUCACUGUGGCCAGACGCACCGCAGACGGCCAGGAGCUCCUCUACCUGUCCGUCAAAUUCACCAAUGGCAUCUGGGUGCUCGCUGAGCUGCGUGUACAGAGCGCAAACCCUAACCACAUGCUGUCAGUGAGGUGUCGUGCCCCUGAGGUCUCUCAGCACAUCUAUCAGAGCUUUGAGUUGAUCCUCCAUAACUGAACCUUCUUGGAGUCGGACUAGAAGCCGAGCCUGGACCGGACUCGUCCCGACACCUCGUCCUCUCACCUCUGUCUCUCAGCCACACACAAUCAGGCUGAACUGCUUUUAAUCCCCCACCCCCCACCCCCCGAGGUCAUUACAGCACAUCUACAAUCUGUUUGUUGUUGUUUUUCGAGUGGAGAUACGUGUGUGUGUGUGUGUGUGUGUGUGUGUGUGUGUGUGUGUGUGUGUGUGUGUGUGUGUGUGUGUGUGUGUGUGUGUGUGUGUGAGUAAAUCACAACCCUUAUUAAACAUCCCUUAAAGCUUUAUUUCUCAUAAAACAAACCCAAAAUCUAGUCCACAUGCUAAACCUGCUUAGGCUGUCAUCAUGCGUUUAGUUGCGUUAGUCUCAUGUACAGGUGAACACUACAGCAGCACAUUAACACUGGACCAGUGACAGCUGAAUAACAGCAAUUUAUUUUUCAUGAAAUAAAAAGUGCAUCAAGGUUUGGACAGUUAGAUCGCGGUGGGAUUUUAGUUUGUUUUCUCUUUUUUUUUUUUGUCCUAACGUGCAGCUGCAGAAUUGUGUUAAUUAGUGAUGAUAAAUUUUCCUUUUCUUAUGAGAUCAUUCCGUGUGUGUGUGUGUGUGUGUGUGUUUCUCAAUUCUACCUGAUUGGAUUAAUGAAGACAGAUGCUAGAAAGUGUGUUAUUGUGUGUACUGAGUUUUAAUAGCUGUAUGAGUAAAAACCUGACAGAUUCUUAUCCUCA